AUGAGUUUUUCACCUGAUGCGGACCCUUUAAAUUGGUUUGCUGCUAGUGUAAUGACGAUUAAUGGAGUUUUUGGAAUUACUUGCAAUACACUCAUAAUUGCAAGUUUUAUAAGGUCCCCAACAGAGCGAACAUCGUUUAACCUAAUAUGUUCGUAUCGAGCAGUUGGUAAUUGUAUUAUUCUUCUAUGGGGAUUUUUAGGCACAUUCGUUCCAAUAACUUUAUUUGGAGACACGUUGUUUCCCCCAAUAUAUCAGUUCAUUGUUUUGACUUGUGUUAAUAGUCUUUAUGCUGGGCUUCAAUAUUGUGGAUUUUUGAUAGCUAUUAAUCGAUUUUGUGCAAUGUAUAUUCCAAUGUUCUACUCUACAUUAUUUGGAGUGAAGAUAACAUUUAUACUAACAACAUUAAUUUUUGUGUACAGGAUUGUAAAAAUUAUAAUGGAACUGAUCCACUAUAUUCCACUUCAAUGUUUUUCUUCAUUUUCUUCAUAUGAUAUUUCCUGGGCACCUGCAAUGGAUGAAAGAUGCCGAAAGUAUGGUGGAGUUGUUGAUGAAUCUCUUUUGAUCCUCGGAACAUUAGUUGCAAUAAACUGUGCAACUUUUGUGAAAAUCUAUUUGUUUUACAAAGCAACUGAAUUGGAUUCAAGAGAAGUUAAGGAAAAAAUGAAGAAGAAUAGAAUACUAUUCAUUCAGACAAUUAUUCAAGACUUGACCUAUAUCAUUGAUUUGAUUUUUACUUUUCAAUUAAGCGGACUAAUUUCUGCAAGAUAUUGGACAUUUAUCAGUGGAAGUUUUAUUUGGCAAUGUGUUCAUUCUUUUGAUGGUUUGAUCAUGAUAAUGUUCAACGAAAAGCUCACCCUCUUCAAAAGGAGUUUUUUCUCUUCAUCAUCUGAUGUUCAGUCAGUGGCUCCGGCAACAAAAUUGUUCGAUACCGUGGCAACAAAUAGAAAUUACAAUGUUUCUCCAAUUGGAUGA